AGGAUAGAAACGAGAGGACACAGCACACUAAUUGAACGGUUUGAGUAUUUCAGCAAGGACUUAAUUUUACGACAAUGUAUUGGGGUAGACAGUCUUGAAAAAUCAAUUUGUCUUCCUUUUCCAGUUAUUUAAAAAACUGCUCUGAGUAGGCAUGAUGUUUUCCUCACUAGGAUGGGUAACAGCUUUUGUGGCGGGAUUGUUUUCCGUGCACGUUGUACAGAAACUAUGCUUUCCCUACUUUUGGAAGGAUCUAUUUUAUUUGGCGAGAGUCAUAAGAUUCGGGGCACAACUGGAAUUAUACAAAUUAACCUCAAAGGUGUUCACUGUCAUGGACAGAUUUGUCGAACAGGCAGAAAAAAUCCCUAACAAACCUUUUUUAAUGUUUGAGGGGAUAAUUUACACCUAUCAAGACAUCAACUUAAGAAGCAACAAAGUGGCUAAUAUAUUCCUCGAACAAGGGACUCUGAAGAAAGGAGACUGUGUUGCGCUUCUGAUGAACAACGAACCCGACUUUGUGUGCGUUUGGUUCGGUUUGAACAAACUCGGAUGCUCUGUGGCUUUCCUCAACACUAACAUAAAGUCAAGAUCAUUACUUCACUGUUUCAAUUGCUGUGGGACAAAGACUCUUGUUGUUGGUGCAGACCUGUUGGACACUCUAGAGGACAUCUUACCCAGCCUUCGGGAGGACAACAUAUCUGUGUGGGCCAUGAAGAGGGAGAGUUUAUGCAUGGAUGUCCAGACUCUGUUGGACAAGAUGGAGCAGGCCUCUGACAAGCCAAUCCUACCGAGCCUGAGGUCUGUGUCCUCCCUUAAGACCCCCAUUCUCUACAUAUUUACCUCUGGUACCACUGGUCUGCCCAAGGCUGCAGUAAUUACCCACAUCCAGUCUUUGAAAGCAGCUGCAGGGUUUUGGGCUUACGGAGCAACCCAAAAUGAUGUGGUUUACACCCCACUCCCUCUCUACCAUAGCGCUGCCUCCAUGAUUGGCAUCGGAGGGACCAUUUUGCUGGGUGCUACAUGUGUCCUGAAAAAGAAAUUCUCAGCCUCACAGUUCUGGAGUGACUGUAGAAAUUAUGAUGUAACUAUCUUUCAGUAUAUCGGUGAGCUUUGCCGAUACCUCUGCAACCAGCCCGAGAUCGAGGGAGAAAAAGUUCACAAGGUGCAUAUGGGAGUGGGAAACGGGCUACGACAGGAUGUGUGGCGGGAGUUUCAUCGGCGCUUUGGUGAGAUCCGCAUGUGUGAGCUCUAUGGUUCCACCGAGGGCAACCUGUGCUUCAUGAACCAUAUUGGCAAGAUCGGAGUGGUGGGACGUUCCAACUUCUUUUAUAAACUUAUUUUCAAGUAUGAUUUGGUGAAAUACGACAUAAUCAAAGAUGAGCCAGUGCAUGACAAGCAGGGAUUUUGUCAACACGUGAAAAAGGGUGACACAGGCCUUCUCUUGUCCAAGGUGGGUCCCACCAGCCCAUUCUUUGGCUAUGCAGGGAGCAAGCAGCUGACUGAGAAGAAGCUGAUGAGGAAUGUGUUUGUGAAAGGAGAUGCUUACUUCAACACAGGGGACCUGAUGGCUGAAGAUGAUGAGGACUUCAUCUGUUUCAAGGACCGAGUGGGGGACACGUUUAGGUGGAAGGGGGAAAAUGUGGCAACCACAGAGGUGACAGAAGUACUUGGACUGGUGGACUUUAUCCAGGAGGCCAAUGUUUACGGGGUUGAAAUUCCAGGAAAUGAGGGAAGAGCUGGAAUGGCAGCCAUUAUUGUGAGGCCCAACUGCACGUUUGAUGGGAAGAAGUUAUUCGACUAUGCUAUGAAGCAUUUACCUGCAUAUGCUCGUCCACUAUUCAUAAGGAUUCAGGAAUCAAUGGAAAUGACUGGUACCUUUAAGCAGCAGAAAUUCCGACUAGUGGAGGCUGGCUUCAACCCUUCAACCUUCUCUGACCUCCUCUAUUUCUUGGAUUACUCUGAGAAGUCCUACAUUCCACUCACUGACUCCAUCUAUGAGAGUAUUCUGGCAGGUGAAUGGAAACUGUAGCUACUUCACAUGGCUAAAAACAAAAAAAGAUUGGUUCACGAAGAAGGCUACGUGAUGGUGCUGUAAAGAAGAGCGGCUGUAAAUUGGAUGUUCUCAUUUAUGGCGUUGUACAUUUGAUAAGAAACAAAAACUGGGAACCCAUUAUUAAAGGCUCAUCGAAUCAUUUAUGAAGGUGUUCUUAUAGAAAUAACUGGCAUCAACACAGUAUUGAU